UAGUGAUUACUUGCUCUGUGGUGACAAAUAUGACACUGACAGUGAUUAGUACUCUUGUCAAUUGUCUGUCAGUUGCUGACUGAUGAUUUUUUCUUUCUUUUCAGUUUCUUAGCUUGAAGUAAAAAGUGCCGUAUAUUGCUUUCAGAAAAUGGGGAAGGUCAAGUGUUCCGAAUUGCGGACAAAGGACAAAAAGGAGCUUUUCAAGCAAUUGGAAGAGCUCAAAACAGAACUGACUAAUCUCCGUGUUGCUAAAGUUACUGGGGGUGUGGCUUCAAAAUUAUCAAAAAUACGGGUUGUCAGAAAAGCUAUUGCACGUGUCUACAUUGUAUAUCAUCAAAAAAUGAAAGUAAACCUUCGUCACCAUUAUAAGAACAAGAAGUACAAGCCUUUAGAUUUGAGACCCAAAAAGACUCGUGCAAUGCGCAAAGCCCUCACCAAGCAUGAAGCAAAAAUUAAAACAAGGAAAGAAAUAAGAAAGAAGUCUCUCUUUCCGCCAAGGGUCUAUGCUGUUAAGGCUUAAAUAAACAUUUAACAACU